AUGGCUUGUCAAGCUGCAGACGACAAUGUUACCAGCCUUACAGAAUUUCGAUGCCUCGAUCCUUCUGGACAAGAGCAAGAAGAAUCCUUCUUCUCAUCCAUUUUUCAAUUCCUUGGAUUUCGCAUUCCAACUGGGUCAGUGCCUGAACUGUCUAAGGAAGAUGAGGACUUGAGCCAGCCCUCUUCACCUUCAACAGUAAUAAUCUCAAGCUCUGAGGUUGAAUCACCACUGUCAGCCAGAAAAGUCAUGCAGCGUUUACGCAGUCUACUCUCUGAGAACUGGAUCCCCAACCAGCAGCGCCAGGCAUCUCGAGCAUACUGGAUGCCUGAUGCUGUUAGUCGAGAGUGCUAUGACUGCAGUGAACGCUUCACGACAUUUAGGCGGCGUCAUCACUGCCGAGUUUGUGGGCAGAUCUUUUGUGCUCGUUGCUGCGGGAAAGAAUUGCCUGGCAAACUCCUCGGGCAAAAGGGUAAUAUCCGAGUGUGUAACUACUGCUAUCGUGUCACCUCCAGCUACCUCAAUCAGAAUGGAUCUUUCUCAGAUGCAUCAGCUGAAGAAGGAUCCAGACGGGAAACCCUCAGUCGAAACCAUGGCAGCAUUACUUCUCUGAGCAGUGAUGAUGCAGUCCAACGUAUCUUGACCAACUCAUUGAAACGGAAAACUUCCCUCAGAAAUCAAGAGGAUAAGUUUGCUGCUUUUUUGCAGUCAUCAACUGCUUCAAGCAUGCCUGCCAUGUUGCCCUCAAACAGUGCUGUAGUGGAAGAAUAUACAACAGAUCUGCUGGAUGACCCAGUAUGGUUAGAAAGCACAUGGAUGCAAGUUUUCCUACAUGAACAGCCACUGAAUCUCAGAACAGGGAAGCGUGUUUCCCCUCUGACAGGCUCUGAAAUGGUCAAUCGAUUGAUCCAGGCUGGCCGUGUCCAACUUCGUUGCCAAGGCAGUGAAGUGUUCCAAGUGUUCUUAGAUCUUGGAAUGAUACGUGCUUGUGCCCGAAGUGGGAAGAUAUUCAAAGAUUCCCAAGCUUUGUAUGAACCAGUACCUGUCAGCCUGCGAGAGGCCCUGUCUGACACUGGGAAUGGGGUUUCAGCUACUGCCACUCUCAUUGGGAUUCCAUCAUCUGCUUCCUCAUUCAGUGUUGAUGAAAGGCACAUGAAUCAGUUUGGAAAUGAGCCUAUUCCAGGCUUCACAUCUCCAGCUGCCCUGUCAGAAGACUGUGUGAGAAGUGUUCUGAAAUCAACCACUGAUGACUGCUUUUCCAGCAUGGACAUUUCACCCAGUUUCCACCCUGACAAAGAGCAACAGAUGCAUAGCAUCUUUUCUAGUGCUUAUCAUUCUCAUGAGCAGGCCUUGAUUCAUCAGUUAUUGGAGCAAGAAGGUCUUCCCACAUCUUGGGUGAGCAUUCUUUCAUCUUUGGUACAUAAUGUUGUGGACAAUGUCACUCCAGAUGUGCGACACAACAAUGAUGACAUGGACAUCUGUCAGUAUGUUCAUGUGAAGAAGGUUCCAGGUGGAUCUAAGGCAGAGAGUAUGGUAGUGAAUGGUGUUGUCUGUUCAAAGAAUGUAGCUCACCGCAGCAUGAUCAUCAAACUUAUUGAUCCUCAAGUACUGUUGCUUGGUUCAGCCAUCAUGUAUCAGAGAGAUGAGAGCAAGUUAGUGUCUUUAGAACCACUGAUCCUUCAAGAGUACGAGUAUUUAAGAAAGGUUGUGGCCAAGAUCAUGUCCUUUGGUGCAGACAUCAUCAUCGUGGAGAAAAAUGUUUCCCGGGUCGCCCAGGACCUCCUCAAAGAUUCAGGAGUGACCUUAAUUUAUAAUAUGAAGCCAUCUGUCAUGGAGCGUAUCUCUCGGUCAACUAGAGCUGACAUUGUACCUUCAAUUGAUGCCCAAAUUGCACAACCUGACCUUGGAAUCUGUCACAACUUUUUCAUCAAGACAUUCUCAUUAGAUUCUGGCUUAAAGAAGACUUUGAUGUUCUAUGAUGGAUGUGCCCCACACUUAGGUGUGUCAGUGAUUCUGAGAGGUGGGACCCUCCAAGAACUCAAGCGUGUGAAGCGGGUCCUACUCUUCAUGAUCUUGGCAGCCUAUAAUUUUAAGUUGGAGCAAUCUUUCCUUAUUGAUGAAUGUGCAAAUGUGCCUGAUGAUGCUGUUGAAACUGCAAGAAAUAAAAAGGCAUCAUUUCAAAUUGGGGAGGAUGACCAUAGCGAAAGAAUCAAGGAUCAGGAAAACAUAAUGGAAGGCAAUCAAGACCCUUUAACUGCACCACAUUCCAAAAGCCAAGAUGGUCCUCACCCAUGUGACAUAAGCUUUUGUUCUACCUUGUCUGAAACAAUUUUGUCACUUUCUCCUUUUCAAACAUUUCAACCACCUUAUUUGGAGACAUCAGAUGGAAAGCAAUGCAAGCUAAGGAACUUUUUCCCAAAGGAUCUAUAUCUGCAGAUGCAAAAUCGAACCCUGUUCCAAUCACAACUUCAUGAAAAGGGUUUGAUCCAGUUAGAUUCCUGGAGCAAGACAGAUAUGGGAAAUCUGCACCCUUUCCUCUCUGCCAAGAUUACUGAGAAUGUGAAGCAGAGUGAUGGACUCCAGGGUCUUCUGGCUGACUUUAGGUCCCGUGGUGGCUAUGUCCGCCAGAACAGCCUGGACUCAAUGAUCCGUCGAAGACAGUGCUCACCCAUGGAGAUAUGUGAUGAUGGGCAUGAAGACCUACUCGCUCAGGGUGGCCUUCCAAAUGCACUCAACCCCUACAACCACCAGAAGUUGACUGUCCUUUUUUCCACAUUUGCACCUGACUCCCAUGAUUUCUGUGUCCAUCCUAGGGUUGUUGAUAUGUAUUUCUAUGGCUGUAAUGACAUCCCACUUGGUGGAUUCCUAGAGUGGUACUGCUUCCGCACAAGUUGCUUGUGUCCAGCCAAGUCCUGCGAAGUUCCUCUGGUGGAACAUGUGAGACGCUUUGCUCAUGAUAAGGGUUGUAUAGAGAUCAGGAUCGGGAGCUUGGAUUCUGAGACUCCAGUCACGCUGUCCGGAAUUGUCUGCUGGACAUGGUGCAGGUCCUGUCAAGAAGCUAGUCCAGUGGUAUCCCUGUCACAAGACUCCUGGAGUUUUUCGUUUGCCAAGUACCUGGAAUUGCAUUUUCAUGGAGGCAUUUACCAGAGGCAGGGAAGUUUGAGAAUGUGCCAGCAUUCCAUUCACAAGGAACAUAAACAAUAUUUUGUGUCAGGGCAACUGGUGGCAACAUUCGAGUUCAAGCCAGUUUCGUUGUGGGAGAUCUCACUCCCAUCCAUCGUCUUAGAGAGUCAUCUUUCUUUGCCCAGUCGAGAGUCUCUUCUGGAAUCCAUUUCCUGCUUGCUGACGCUUGGGCAUACGACCUUCGAUGCAAUGCACGGCAACCUUGAGGCUCUGCGGAAGGGAUUAGAGGAUUUUCAGUAUGACCUUGAAUUGGGCGCCAUCAGUCACUUUGUCGAUGAAGAGGCUUCAAAUCCCUUCCGGAGUCAGAUGGAACGUCUUCAACUACUCUUCACAGAUCUUAAGUUAUCCUAUUCCGAAUCUAAAGUCCUCCAGAUCCUGGAUGGUCUUGUGAAGGCAAAGACCACAACUUGCCAAGCAGUGUUGAAGUGGAAUUCCAUGAUCCAAGAAUUCCAACAAAUGAAGAAGAGAGAAGAGAAAUUGAACCGCGCCAGCUCCAGAGCAGCUUUAUCGCCAGUGUCUGAAGCCAGGAAGUUGCCAGAACAGAAACAGGAGGAAGACUCGUCCGGUUUGCGAGUUGAUGAGGAGUCUCAAACUGUCCAAACUGUGAAGCGAUCAGAAAGUUCCCCAGCUUUACCUGCACAUGAUGCUGAUUUUGACGAUACUCAGCUGUUGCAGCCUCUGAAAAGCAAGGCUGAAGAGCAGGAAAAGAAGUCAGUACCUGCAAGAAGUUUCUUUGGUUCGGGUCCUUCCUAUACUGUGUCAUAUCCUUUCCCAGCAUCAGAGCAUUACCUUUUACCUCUUUGUGUUGGACCAGCAGUAGUAAUUUAUGAGGAUGAACCCAGUUCCAUGAUUGCCUUUCUCCUCUCAUCGAAAGAGUAUCAUGUCCAGGUGGCCGAAAUACAGACCGGUGUGCAGACAGGGAACUCUGAAACCGAUCUGUUUCACAUGAGCCUGGAAUCAAACAAUACUGAGUCUUCAGUCAACGACUCCUCGUUCUGGUCCAAGGAUCCCAAAGUGAAGCCGGGGACUCAGAAUGGACGUUCCUGUACCAUUGAAAUGCAGUUUACUGAUCAUGCGCAUAAGUUUUGUCUUCGGGCCUACUUUGCGGCCCAGUUUAGGCAACUGCGGCGAAGUGUCUACCUAGCUGGUGAGGAAGCAUAUGUUCGAUCCUUGUCUCGAUGCAGUCCAUGGUUGGCUAAAGGUGGAAAGUCCGGUUCACCGUUUUGGAAGACCCUAGACGACCGUCUUGUUUUGAAGCAGAUGAAGCAGAUCGAGAUCCAGUCCUUCCUUGAAUUCGCUCCCGAUUAUUUCCAGUACGUCCAGGAGUCCCGGCGUGAGAACAAACCCACAGUGCUUGCCAAGAUUUUGGGCAUCUACCGCGUCUCCUUCCGAACUUCAGGUCUCAGCAACUUCAAGAUAGAUGUAUUGGUCAUCGAGAACCUUUUUUACGGACGCGUUAUUUCCCGCAAAUUUGAUCUGAAAGGAUCCAUGAGAAACCGCUUGGUGAAACACAGCAAGGUGGAGGAGUGCACGGUGCUACUGGAUGAAAACUUGUGCAAGAUGACUUUUGAUGACCCUCUGUAUAUCUACCCCCAUUCGAAGGAGAUCCUUUCCCUGGCAAUCAGCCGUGAUGCCCAGUUCUUGACCAAUCAAUGCGUCAUGGACUAUUCGCUCCUGGUCGGCGUGGAUGAAGAGAAAAGGGAGCUCGUGGUUGGAAUCAUUGACUAUAUCAGGACCUACACAUGGGACAAGAAGAUAGAAGGAUGGGUGAAGAGUUUGAGCGGACAGCCCACCGUCGUCUCGCCUGAGAUCUAUGGCGCCCGUUUUUGCGAGGCCAUGGCUCGCUAUUUCUUCAUGGUCCCAGAUCGCUGGACAGGAUUCGCACGACCCAUUCACAACUGA